UUUUAGAUUGAAGCACCAACAGAAUGAGACGGGGCUGGCCAGAAAAUGGGGGACACGCUGGAGAAGAGCUCUGAGGAGCCCGAGAUCUCUUUGGACAAUGAGUGCUCGACGAAAAUGGGGGACCUGGUGGAAGUCUCGAGCAGUGAAAAGGUCAAGUUUGAUGAUGCAGGUCUCUCUCUGGUGCUCCAAAACGGCCUGGAGAACCUUCGGCUUGAAAAUUCCCUGACGGAUGUCAUCCUGUGCGUGGACAGCAGGGAAUUCUCCUGUCACCGUGUGGUCCUUGCUGCAGCAAGCAAUUAUUUCAGGGCCAUGUUCUGCAAUGAUUUAAGAGAGAAAUAUGAAGAGAAGAUCAUACUUAAAGGAGUUGAUGCAGAAACCAUGAAUAUACUCUUGGACUACACCUACACCAGCAAGAUGCUCAUCACAAAGCAAAACGUACAAAAAGUCUUGGAGGCCGCCAGCCUCUUUCAGUUCCUUCGCAUGGUGGAUGCUUGUGCCAGUUUCCUCACCGAGGCCCUCCAGCCGGAGAACUGCGUUGGCAUCCUAAGGCUGGCUGAUGCCCACUCCCUGCACAGCCUGAAACAACAAGUGCAGAACUACAUAAUCCAGAACUUCACCCAGGUCCUGAACUACGAGGAGUUCCUGGAGCUGCCGGCCGACAUCCUGUGCAGCACGCUCAAGAGCGACGACCUGUAUGUCACAGAGGAGGCGCAGGUGUUUGAGACUGUGAUGAACUGGGUGCGCUACAAGGAGUCAGAAAGGUUUUCCCUCCUGCCGUACGUGCUGGAGAACGUCCGGCUGCCCCUGCUGGACCCUUGGUACUUCGUAGAGACUGUUGAAGCCGAUCAGCUCAUUAGACAGUGCCCAGAUGUCUUUCCUUUGCUCCAGGAAGCAAGAAUGUACCACCUGUCAGGCAAUGAGAUUAUUACAGAAAGGACCAAGCCCAGGAUGCACGAAUUCCAGUCUGAGGUGUUUAUGAUCAUAGGGGGCUGUACAAAAGAUGAGAAGUUUGUAGCAGAAGUGACUUGCCUGGAUCCUUUGAGGCGAAGCCGCCUGGAAGUGGCAAAAUUACCAAUCACAGAGCAGGAGCCGGAGAAUGAGAAUAAGAAAUGGGUGGAGUUUGCAUGUAUUACCCUAAAAAAUGAAGUCUACAUAUCGGGUGGCAAAGAAACAAAGCAUGAUGUCUGGAAAUACAACGCCUCCAUCAACAAAUGGAUACAAAUUGAGUAUCUAAAUAUUGGGCGGUGGAGGCAUAAAAUGGCAGUGCUGGGUGGCAAAGUGUAUGCCAUUGGCGGCUUUGAUGGCAUGCAGAGAAUCAACAGCAUGGAAGCUUAUGAUCCCUUCCAUAACUGCUGGUCAGAGGCCGCUCCCCUCGUGGUCAACGUGAGCUCCUUUGCAGCAGCAAGCUACAAGAAGAGGCUCUAUGUGAUCGGGGGAGGGCCUAACGGGAAGCUGGCGACGGACAAGACCCAGUGCUACGACCCUGCCACCAACACGUGGAGCCUGAGGGCGCCGAUGCCGGUGGAAGCCAAGUGCAUCAACGCCGCCAGCUUCCGUGACCACAUUUAUGUGGUGGGUGGAGCAAUGAAAGCCCUGUACUCCUACAGCCCCCAGGAAGACACAUGGUGCCUGGUGACUCAGUUCACCCACGAGAGAGCCAGUUGUGGGAUUUCUCCUUGCAACAACAAGCUGUUUAUCACCGGGGGCCGAGAUGAAAAGAACGAAGUCAUUGCAACAGUGCUCUGCUGGGACCCUGAAACUCAGAAGCUGACAGAAGAGUGUGUCCUGCCCCGGGGGGUGUCUCACCACGGCAGUGUUACCCUCAGGAAGUCUUACACACACAUCCGUAAGAUUGUGCCCGGGGCAGUUUCUGUCUGACCGCAGGAGAACUGCAAAGAAACCCGGUGGCUCCGUGGCACAGACUGCAGUGAGGAUGGCUUUUAGCUGCAGGGAGCAGUGGGGGGAAACACCUCCACAGGCCCUCUGGGGAGUGUCUGUAUAUAUGCUCAGCCCUUGCAUUUCCUCUGUACAGUACAUCCUUAAAUUAUCUUAAUUCCUUCCCCCCACAGAAAAAACAGGGACCAGCUGUAGUUUAUUCCUGCCGACACGAUACCUCCAAUCAGGUGAAGAAAUGAGACGUGUAGGUGGGAAAUUUACUUCCCAGCUCUAUCUACCCUGAAAUGUGCUUGAACUGGCUCAGCCUGGUCCCAGUGUUUCUUCAACUAUUUAUUGUGUUAAGUUGGGUUUGCUGCACGUAGUGUAAAAGAGAAGAUGCUUUUUGGAAUGAAAGAUUUGUCCCUAUGGUGAAACAUUGUUUCCUCUAAAACUGUGCUUUUCUUCCAGUGAUUGGCUGCUUAGAUUAAGUUUGAACCGGUUUGUGUGUUUGUUUGUUUGUUUGCUUGUUUGUUUGUUUGCUUGAAGAUACUUCAGUGGCUUUUCAGUUCUGGGUGACCAAAAAAAAAAUCCUCCUCAGUUUGCAAACCUUGCUGUCAUUCCCAAAAUAGAGACUGCACAGGUUGCAAAUGUAAACGAACGCUAAUCUGGUUCUACUGAACAUUCACCGUAGCUGUUUUCUAAUAAAGCAGA